AUAUGUACAAGUCGAGGUCCAACCAUAGAAAAAGCCCCCAGCCCAAAAUAACGAAGAAAAGUAAAGAAAAGAAGAACCGCAUGCUCAAAUUACUUGGUGCUGAUGUGGUGGGUAUGAGCACAGUCCCGGAAGUCAUUGUGGCGAGACAUGCAGGGAUGCGUGUGUUUGUACUUUCUAUGGUCACGAACAUCAGCUUGAUGGAUGAGUGCUACAACUACAAAGCAAGUCACGAAGAAGUCCUGCAGAUAGCCGACAAAAUGGCUAAUACCAUUCAAGAAUUGCUAAUAGACUUCAUUGCUGAACUUUAGAUCUGUACUUUCUUUAUUAUUUUUACUUACCACAAAUGUCUCACAUUUUUUGUCGCACAUAUGCUGUCUUUCUGAUAGUUACUUAUUAAAAAAUCGGACUAACUACCUUUUUAAAUUGUUUUUUAUACUUUUUGCAUCUGUCCAAUUAUUAUUUGCGCACUGUUCCUUUUAAGGUAACCAUCAGCCUCGUUUUAUACGGCUUUAUCGGUUAAUCUAUUCACAACAAAUUCCUCUUUUUCUUUUGAAUACAGCGGUUAUGGCCAAACAAA